CAGAGUAUGAUCGGCGAAUUGCGCUCAGAGAGGAUGGAAAAUACGCGCUUUGGAGAUUUGCAGUUUCGCAUUGGUUAUCCGCAGCUCUACCAACACCAAGGUAAUUGCGAACAUCUAUUCGUGAUUUCCGAUUGCCGCUUGCUGGCAGUUUCCGAUGUGCUCUCGAGAGCCCGUUAUCCUUUACUCAUUUCCUAUGCCUUUCCGCGGCAUAUACCAUGCAACAUAUGUGGACUUUGCGAGGUGCGAUUUGUGGUGCGUAGCAGCAAUCGACAAAUUUUUGAUCCGGCAUACGUUUGUCAGUCGUGUCUGGAGCUCUACCACUAUAAGGACGGUCAGAAGAUUGAGAACUUCGAACUGCACCGUUACAUUAGCCCAAGGGUUCACGUCUCGGACAGUAAAUCAGACGACCAUACAGGCCAACAAUAA